CAGCCAUUUGUAAAAAGAAAAGAAAAAGCGUGUGAAAGAGUUGCGAGAAAAAUAGGGAAUUUACCUAGAAAAAUAUCAGUAAAUUAUGGAGUUUAUAUAUGUAAAUUGAAAGAUGAAUUCCUAUAGAUUGAUUUUUGUAUGUAGGACAUAGCUGGGGACGUUAAAUACCCGCUGAAAAAGAAUGGAAAAAUUACACAGGAUUUAAUAGGCAACAGAGGAUGCGAUAAAUAUCUAUAGAAUCAAAAGCUGUAUGAUCAAGCAAUUUUUAGCCAAUCCUGAACCUUGGAAGCUGCAUUUGAGGACUAUUUUAUUGAAUUUUUGAGAGAAAAAUUGCUCUUUAGAUCCAGGAAAAUUUAAUUUUCCCUGGAAAAUUCGAGAACAUUGCGAAAAAAUUUGCAAAAAUGUUUCACAAACGUCUUCCCUCAAGUUUCACUCAAGUUACACCUCGGAGCAUAAAACAUGCUACGUGAGAGAAACAUUUAUUUAUGCUACAGAGAAAAAAAUAAAAAUAAUAAGAAGAAGAAGCGUUUCUGGCUCGCGCGUCUCGUUUAUUUCUCGCGGAUCAUUUUUGUGGUAAAAAACCCAAAAAGUGUCCUCAAAAUAUACAUUGUUCAUUGUACAUAAUUGCUUCGAUUGGAUUAUUCAGUGGAGUCAAUCGAAUUAUUGUGCACCCAUUGUUUGUACUGCGCAAAUCUAAAACUUCAUCUCUGUCUCCCAAAACACAGCGAACGACGACGACGACGACAUUGAUGGAAGUGACGUCCGCGUAUGCUAGCGAGCAAUUUAGUAGCUAGUAUGUAACUACGCUACUACCUUAAAUGUUUUGUGUAAAAGUGAAAUAAAAGGAUUUUAAGAUCAAGAGCCUGAAAAGUGUUUUAAUAAAAAAAAAAGAAUUAAAACUAUAAAAAUCCCCAAAUAUGUAUGUAGUUUGAAGCUGGGGAUACAUAGGUAGUGUUUGUAGUAUGUAUGUAUUGUGAUGUGAACAACAACGCAGCAGCAGAUAAAGUGGAAUAAAAGAGGAAUAAAUUAAUAAUAGAAUCUUCGCUUAAUGUGUUAAGAAACUUGGAAAAUAUGUGUGCACAAGAUACAAUUAAAUAGCAAAAAAAAUCUUCAUUUUUUUCUUUGGUCGCCCGAGAAAAAAAUCGAAUUGGGCGGGUGUAUGUGUGUGUGUAUGUGUAGUUGGAUAUAAAAUAAAAUAAUAAAAAAAAAGCAUCGUAAAUGUGUGUGUGGCUUUUACGUGAGAUAUUGAAUUUUUAUGAAAAAUGGGAAGGUCGAAAUUCCCUGGGAAACCAUCGAAAUUGGUGAAUAAAAAACGCAUAAGUGUGCUGGGGGGGAGUGCAAAGUGUGGCAAUUGUGAUACCAGUGCAGAUGAUGAUACGGAUAAUCAGCAAUAUUCGCCGAAUGAUGAUAAUUCGCAGUGGAACAGCAGCAGCAGCCGUCACGAAAGUAGUGAACCACUACUCCUGCACGCGAGCAACACCAAUGCACCGUCGUCACCAACACAAACAACCCCAUCAUGCAGCUUUCAUGAAGAUGGCGACAAUAUUCAGGCAGUACCAUCACACGAGGUAAUAAUACCUCAAGGGAGUGACACAGCAAGAGGAAAUGCGAAUGGGGAAGAGAAGACAAGUACAGAAGACGCCGUGAAAGAUCGAGUGGGUAUGCAGAAGUCAGAUGCAACAAGUGAGUCCAGGCCCAAGGACAAACCGGGCGGUGAGAAAACGUCCAAAAAGAAGACAGUCACCUUUAAGAAUGUCCUCGAGACGAGUGAUGAUGUCUUGGUGCGAAAGAGCUACAAUCCAGACUUUGCUCCUCCACUUGUGCCAAUAAUAAAGAAAGAGUCUCUCACACGAAUGGAGAAUAGCAUUGUGCGUCCAUCCCGGUUGACGGAGGUCAUGAAGCAAAAUUCCAACAAUCAGGAUACCAUGAAGGCACUCUCCUUUCGAUUGUCCAGCAUUCCCAGUAAUGAUGAUCAGGGGAAUGCAAAGGACCCACCUAAUGGGGAAGGUGGUGAUGAGGAGGCAAAUGGGGAGGGUGAACGUCGCACUGAGGGUGGUCUUGCCAGGGAUAAACGCUUCAUUUUGCCCAAGAGAAGCCUCCACUCGUGUCGUGUGAUUAAGCCGAAUAAAAAGUUCCUGGACAACAUGGAUGACUGUAGUAGCAAGAAACGCCUGCAGUUGAGUAUGAAGCGCAAAAAUCAACUGGAUGGUGUGGACAAAAAGAAGAGGAUGCAAAAGGAAAUUACAUUCCAGGAUACUUUUAUUAAUAGUACGCUCUCCUCAAAGAUAUCCAAUAGCAAAUUGGAUACAGAAAACUGCGGUGAAUCGGAAACAUCACAAACUCAAUCUGAGAAUAGUGAUGAUGCUGAUGAAACUGACGAAGAGGAGAGUAAAUUAAUAAAUGGAGACAAGAGUAAGAGGAUUGAACAACAAAGGCUAUUUUGUAAAUCGAUUUUCCAUUCAACAAGCGGAAAGAGCGCCAUACCAUCAACACAAAAUAGUGGAAAUAGUUCAGGGAAAGUGAUUCUACGGCAACCACGUUUGCAAUUUAGCACGGGUACGAUAAUAUCUUCUUCCACAAGUACCAAUUCAGCUGCAUCCACAUCAAAUGCAACAACAUCUACAAUGAUGGAAAAAACAUUCUCAUUUAAUGUCAAUAGCAACAGUAUUAAGAAUAGUAUAUCAUCAUCCCAUUCAGUUUCUCUGCCAUCGUCCUCAGCACUGUCCUCAAUGACAUCCUCAACGUGUGGCAUCUGUGGUACAAUCUCAUCGUGUCGGUAUGCGCAGAAAUGUAGGAAAUUCGGUAUUAAUUCUUGCGAAGCAUGUCGCAAAUUUAUAUCGAAGAUGAUUAAAAAAUUGGCCGCAUCAUCGGGCAAUCAUUGUCAAUCGAAUCCAAUGCAGUGUUCCAAGGGUGAUGGAACCUGCACAUUACAGCCUAUGCCCCGUGGGGGGCAUCUAAAGACACUAAAAAUGGCCCUAAAAGAAAGAUGUCAAGCAUGCUGGCUGAAGAGAUGCAUAAAAUCCUUCCAAAUCCCUUCGGGGCCCAAGGCACGACUCAUUGCAACAUUACCAGUGACAAUGCGUGAUGUUGACACCAACAUUGUUGGUAUUUCCACGAAAUUCAGUAUUAAGCGUGAGACGGAGAAUCAAAGUAAUAUGAAUAUCUUCUCAAAUCCACCCAAUACUGAUCGUAUGUUAGAUAUAGAAUUUAAAACAACAAAAACACUACCCUUCUCAAAUCCCCUCGUUGAGAAUAAUGCCACAUUCGGCAGUACACCCCUUGUGGUGCCAACAAUUACGGAGAAACCCAUGAUUAUGGUACAUUCUCCUCCACAUGUGAGGAAUACAGUGGAGACGGCAGCACAGGUUAAAGGUAAAGGAACACCCUCUGAGGGAGAUGGUUCAAAUACAAAAUCCAGUGCAAAGACGUCCAAUAAUUCUGUGAUCAAUUCAAAUGCUGGCACAAAUGAGAACACCGAUGAGAAGACAAAAGUGUGUCGGAAGAAGGGUGAUGCACCACAAGUAAAUGGUAGCAAGGAAGCGGCAAUAAAUGCCCCACAAACAGAUGCUUCAGCUCCAAAGAGGCAGAGAAUUGAUCUCAAAGGGCCCCGAGUUAAGCAUGUUUGUCGUAGUGCAUCAAUUGUUCUUGGACAACCAAUUGCAACAUUUCCCAAUGAAUCUCCUCUUGAGAAUUUGGACACACCACCACGACCUGAUUCCCCUCAUGCAGAUGUCGUUGGCAUGGUGGAGACAAUUGUCGAAAGGCCCAAUAGCAUGUGCACAGAUUGUGGUGAUACAAAUACACAAGUUUUGGGCUUGAGUCCACCUGCAACACCAAUCGAUAGCCCCAAUGAUGAGGCUGAUGUGCCAAUGGUGGAGAAAGAUAGUGAAAUGGCGGGCAAUGAGGAAAGUGUUAAGGAGAAUGUAAUGAAGACCAAAGCAUCUGUGGAUGAAUCUCAAAAGCCAACAACACGAAAACUCUCCCGACCAAGCUACAAUGUUACAAAUUUGAGUAAUCGCCUCACUGCAAUCAGUUCCACAAAACGCAUCCAACAGCUCACAAUUCAAAAUCCCAUGGUAUCCAUUGAUUUCUGGGAGAACUACGACCCAGCUGAGGUGAGUCAGACGGGAUUUGGAUUGAUUUUGUCAGAGAGUGUCCCUCUCCGUGCAAUAUGCUUUCUAUGCGGAAGUGCCGGAACGGAUGCUCUUAUUUUCUGUAUUUGCUGCUGUGAACCCUAUCACAGCUACUGCGUGGAAGAUGAGUACAAUUUGAAGCCCACGGCGCUCGAUGAGACGGGAAUCAGUAUUUUGGACAUGAGUAGUGGAUCCCCGAAUGUGAGGAAUCGCUUAAAUUGGCUCUGCCCACGAUGCACAGUAUGCUACACAUGCAACAUGGCCUCGGGGAGUAAGGUAAAAUGCCAAAAGUGUCAGAAGAACUACCAUUCAACGUGCUUGGGCACGAGUAAGCGACUCCUUGGUGCUGAUCGACCCCUAAUCUGUGCCAAUUGUCUCAAAUGCAAGAGCUGCAGCACGACAAAUGUGACAAAGUUUGUCGGCAAUCUACCCAUGUGUACAGCAUGCUUCAAACUUAGGCAAAAGGGCAACUUCUGCCCGUUGUGCCAGAAGUGCUAUGAAGACAAUGAUUUUGAUCUCAAGAUGAUGGAGUGUGGAGACUGCAAGAGAUGGGUUCAUGCAAAAUGUGAAGGAUUAACUGAUGAACAGUACAAUAUGCUCUCUGUCUUACCCGAAAGUAUUGAAUUCAUUUGCAAAAAAUGCGCCAAGAACAACUCCAUGGCGGACAUGUGGCGUGAUGCUGUUGCUGCUGAAUUCAAAUCGGGUCUUUUGAGUGUUGUAAAGAUGCUCAGCAAGAGUCGUCCUGCAUGUGCCCUACUGAAACUCAGUCCCAGGAAAAAAUCCAACAUUUGUGCAUGCCAACCAAUCCUAUCAAGCAGGAGUAUUCAAUUUAAGAAGCUCACUGAAGGAAAUGUUGAGAAUACCCUCUCAGGGGAAGAUGCCAACUUUGAAGAAGCAUCAAAUCUCAGUGAAAAAACCGUUGAUGGUGAAGCAGAAAAUACUCAAUGCUACUGUGGCCUAAAGCAGAAAUUGGCCUACGCAACAUCCUCACCGAGUCUUCUUGAUUUAAAGCGCAAAAUUAACGACAACGAAUACAUUUCACUGCAAGAAUUCAAUUAUGAUAUGCUCAAGAUAAUUAAUUCGGUUUCUUGCGAUGAUCUCGUAACGGCCUACAAGGAGAUUCUCAGUGAGACUUUUCCAUGGUUCCAGAAUGAAACGAAAGCAUGCACAGAUGCUCUCGAGGAAGAUAUGUAUGAUUCGUGUGAUUUCACCGCGAAUCCCGAUACAUUGAGCAUGGAUUGUGAUCAAAUGGUACCCACGGUGGAUAUUCCAGAGAAUGGCGAAGAAUACUUUUACGGGUCGUAUGAGAGAAAUGAUGAUCGUGUGUGUCUAUUUUGUCGUCAAACUGGGGAACAGAUGGCACUGCAGGAGGGACGUCUGCUGUAUUGUGGCCAGAAUUCCUGGGUUCACACAAAUUGUGCCCUCUGGUCAGCGGAGGUGUUUGAAGAGAUUGAUGGUUCCCUUCAGAAUGUACAUAGUGCUGUUUCCCGUGGGAGGAUGAUAAAAUGCACUGAAUGUGGCAAUAAGGGAGCAACAGUGGGAUGCAAUGUGAAGAAUUGCGGUGAGCAUUUUCACUAUCCCUGCGCAAGGACGGCCAAAUGCGUAUUCAUGUCCGAUAAGACGGUGUACUGUCCUCGUCAUGAGGAUGAAACCACGAAAAAGAAAUGCCAUCCAGAGGGGGAUUUCGAUGUUCAUCGCCCAGUUUAUGUGGAAUUGGAUCGCCGGAGAAAGAAAUCCGUUGAACCAGGAAAGGUGCAAUUUGCAAUUGGCUCCCUGGCCGUGCGCAAUAUUGGGCGAUUUGUGCCAAUUCUCUCUGACCUGAGUGAUGUGAUAGUUCCUAGUGAUUUUUUAUGCACGCGCCUAUAUUGGAGCACCAAAGAACCAUGGAAAAUUGUCGAGUACACCAUCAGGACAUCAAUUCAGUGCACCUCAUCGACACAUUGUAUGGAUUUGGGGAAAAACUUCACAGUUGAUCACUCUUCAACGACAAAUCUCAUUCAAAAGGGGCUCAAUCAAAUCGCCAAAUGGCACAGUAGCUUGAGCAAUGGAGAAGAUAGUGGAGAUCACUCGAGAACGAAGCAAAAUAUGGAUUCUGUCGGUGGUGGAGAUGAGCAGGGUGAGGAAGAGCCUCAGAGUAAUGCGGAUCUUCUACCACCAGAAAUUAAGGAAGCUAUCUUUGAGGAUCUUCCCCAUGAUAUCCUCGAUGGGAUUUCAAUGCUCGACAUAUUCCCCAAAUUGAUGACUUAUGAGGAUUUAGUGGCAAUGGAUUCAAAGAGUGAAAUUUACUUUGGUGGUGAACUCAUAAAAGAUGCAAAGGAGUAUGUGGCUGAGGAUGAAGUGACUAAUCAACCAAUGGAGAAUUGGAGUCAUUCAUCCACAGUUACCCACGUUGAAGACCCUCUUCUUUCAUCAACACGACCAAUGUCCACAACCAUGGCAAAGGAACUCAAACGUAGUAAAUCCGAGGUUUUCAAUAGAGGUGUGGGUGGUAGCAGGAAUCACCAGCGAUCAUCCAGUCUCACCUGGAAUUGCAAAGUUGAUCAAAACACCAAACGUCGAAAGGUUUCAAUGUUGCAAGAAUUGAGACUUCCCGAGAGUGUCUUCCGGACCUUUGGACGAUCAGACAUAAAAGCUUCAACGAGUGGUGAUCGAAAAAUUACAUGGAGUGCCAAAAAAUUACUCCAGAUUGAAAAUGAAAAUACCCAAGAUGCUUCAGCGGAGAAGAAAAUUGUGGAGAAGCUGAAAAUCUCUCAAUUGGACGGGAUGGAUGAUCUCAGUAGUGGAAGUGAAAGUGGAUCACCUCUUCCACACUACACAAUUCACAAUGUUCCCUUUGAUCAGAAUUGCGGGGAAAGUCCUGUGAAAUGUGAUCGAUGCCACUGCACGUAUCGCACGCAAGAUUCAUUCCAGCGGCAUCUUCUCACGUGUGAACCAAUGUCAACGAGUGAAUCGGAAUCAGAAGCAAAUCCCCAUACGCCAGAUGCAGAAGUAGCCACCAUAGCUCCAAAUAACAUGCUAACCGUGACUGUUUCGGAUAUUUGCAAUUCUUCCACAAUAUCCACCAUUCAGCCCCACAAUUUGGUGCAGAAUUUUAACGGACAAAUUCUUGGGAAUGGAAAUGUGAAUACAAUUCAAGCAAUACCCAAUCAGGGUGCUAACACCAUAACCAUCCCUAGUUCACUGCAAAAUAUAAUUCCAAUUCAGAAUGGGGGUCAGAUUUCGCUGCAAAAUCCCCAAAUUCAAACAGUUCCACUGAGUGGAGUAAAUCAAUUGGGUCAAAUAAAUGGUGGAAUGUCCAACGUCCUCAUGACGACACCGCAGAAUCAGCAAUUCACUCAACCAUUGAGCGUGAAUAAUUUCCAGCAGCAAGUCUUCCCGCUGCAGAACAUUAAUCAAUACAAUGAUAUGAAUUCGAAUUAUCUGCAGAAGACUCAGAGAAUUCUCCCUCAAACUUCGGGAAUUCAACCAACAAUUCAACUCUCAGGUGGGAUAAACAUUCAAAAUUUCAACAAUACCCCAAUUAUUCAGCCAGCUGCAAGUCAACCCCAGAUAAUUUCAAUUGGGGGCACAAGCAAUAAUUCUCAAAUUAUGACCUUAGCACCGGCUCCCAUUCGCACCAGUGGAACAAUUAUGCAGACAACACCGCAGAAGAAUCAAAUAAUCCUACCACAACCAGCGGAUAAGAUGAUGAAAAAACAAGCCCUUCCACGAAUUCAAUCGGCUGCAAUGAUGAAGACCAAAGGACGCCAGACGAAUGGGAAGAAUCAACCAAUUCAGAUGAAGAAGAUUGUCACGAAACCCAAUACAAAUGCUCUGCAAAUUGUUAAUUCAACUAAUUUGCCCAUCAUAAGACCACAACAGACGAUCCAAACACCAACUACAACACUCGCAACCACAACAUCAAACCCCGGGGUUGUUUUCCAACAACCACAACCUUUAAUUGUGCAACCAAUGAACAAUAAUGCAAACCUCGUGCAAUAUGUAACAGACAGCAAUGGGAUGCAGUACAUUGCAAUGCCUUCGAAUGAAUACAAACAGCCACAGACACAAUUUCUUGCACCCAGUCCCAUUGUUCCGGGAGCAUUUCAACUGCAAACUGACGCCAAUGGGCAGCUAGUGUUGGCCAAUGCAGCACCUGGGCUUCAAGUUCUUCCUUCGGGGGCAAUGCAGCUGGCACAACCGCAGCAACCACAAGUUAUUGGAACUCUUAUUCAACCUCAAGCUACAACCAUUCAGUGCGGCAUGAUGGCAACGGAACAAAUGGUACUUGGGAGUACGCCCACGCUUGAGAUGGUGACAGAUCCCAAUUCAGGAUGUAUGUACCUCACAAGUCAACCAGUUUACUAUGGACUUGAGACCAUUGUGCAGAACACCGUGAUGUCAUCGCAGCAAUUUGUAUCAACAGCCAUGCAGGGGGUUUUGAGUCAAAACUCCAGUUUUUCCGCAACAACAACUCAAGUGUUUCAGGCAAGUAAAAUUGAGCCUAUCAUGGAGGUACCAGGUGGCUAUGUUGUCUUGAAUAAUAUGCCUGAUCAGCAACAGACUCAAGCUGCAAUAAUGCCAACCACACAGGUACUACCGCAGAUCCAAGCACAACCGCAGGUAACGCAACAAAUUAGGCCAGUUUCACCGCCUAAACCUACGGUUAAAAGUGCACCGAUUGUUGUGACAAAAGUUCAGCCACAGGUGAUUAACAAAGUUAUACCAUCCCAACCAGCAAAUGUGGUUAAUAUUGAGCAACAACCUGCACCACAGGCAGUUAAGCCUCAGGUACAGCCGGUAAUUUUACCCAAAACUAUGACCAUCACUUCGAGUAGUUCAACACCAAUAUUCCAUCAGGCUAGUAUGCCACCACCACCACAGGAACUACAGUCUAGUCAAAUGAAGACAAUCAUUGUAACCACCCCCAAUACAGUUCAACCAAUCCCCCGAGCAGCAAACAUAAUUAAACCCAUUGCCAAGGGGCAUGUUAAUUCGGCUACAAUUAAACCCAAAAUCAUCACAAAACCCGUAAUUGGUAGGACAUCAGUUAAUCGUCCCAAAGGUGGGACUUUCACCAUAAAACAGAGUCCUGCCAUUUCAAUCAAUCAAGCUACGAAGAAUGAUUCAAUUGUGGGGGAUGUUAUCAUAACAACUGUAGCACAGAAUAAUAUGCAAAGUCAAAUGGUGUCGUCGCAACAAUCAAAUCAACAAAUUUUCCCAGUUGAAAAGGAAAAUGUUCAAAAUAUAAUUCAAUUGGCUAGCGCGAGUAGCGAUACGACAAAAACUCUCCAAGAAGGAGUUGUCUUUUCACCUGUAAAUAGAAAUCAACAGAAUACUCACAACUUCCAGACAAACUCCACGCCAACACCACAAAUUCAACUACCUUCAGCUCCGUAUGCUCCAUCGCAUAACUCCAAUGUACCUACAAAUGUUGUCAAUCCCAUCCAGCAGUGUCACUACAAUGGAAAUACAACAAAUUCCCGGCCUACAAACCGAGUUCUACCCAUGCAAACUAUUCAGGCACGUCAAUCACCACCAACACCACCUGAACCAAAAUGCCAGGUUGAGGAGCCCGUGGUACCUCCCAAGAUAGAAGAAAUCCCAGCAAAGGAAGACGUUGUAAUGACUGAAUUGCCAUCACCGCAAUUAGUCAUUGAAGAAAGUCCAAUGGAGGAGGAGAAAAAGGAUGAGGAGGAACCCCAGGAGGAAGAAACUGAAGAUUUUGAAAAUAGAGAUUUGGUGGAAGAUGAAAAUUCCCGGGAAAAGGAUACAAGCUCACCCGCUAGCCUUCAUCUCAAAACAAUCUUCCAGAAUGACGUUCAAGCAGAUCUCUUUGAUCAAAUAAAAUCAAUGGAUGACAAAGAUGAGAGUUCCUCUGAAAGUUCAACACCUGAAGUGAAGCAGAAGAUUUGCGAAAUUCUCGUGAAUCUCGACAAGGAAGAUUGCAACAAGAAUAAUGUUCUAUUGGACAGUGCAAUGGAGGACAUAAUAGAGCAUAAGGAGAAUCGCAAUCCUGUAGCUGCACCGCAAGAAGAUGUGAAUUUCAAACAACCCCAACCGAGGACAACUUUCUCAAUUCAACGAUCAUUGAACGCCCUGCAACCUCUGAAAGCACCUCCUGGUCCCAGGAUGCUCUAUGAGAUUCAAUCUGAGGAUGGUUUUCACUACAAAUCAACAUCAAUUACGGAUAUUUGGGACAAAGUAUUCGAAGCUGUGCAAAUUGCACGAAAAACUCAUGGACUUUGUGCCCUACCCGAUGGCCCUUUGGCCGAUAUGAGUGGUCAUAGGAUGUUGGGGCUGAAAUCCAAUGCACUGCGGUACCUCAUUGAGCAACUACCUGGUGUGGAGACGUGCAAGAACUACACCCCAAAGUACCAUGAGAGAAAGUUAAAUAAGGACACUGCUCCACUUUUCCCGCAUUUCAUUGAUUUCGACGAUAGCAAAGAGAAUAUUUUUGGUGCAGCUCGAUGUGAACCCUACAGUGGACGCUCAGAGUACGAUAUGUUCAGCUGGUUGGCGUCGCGACAUCGCAAACAACCUGCACCGGUCACUAUUCAACUGGACAGUGAAAUUACAAUACCAAGACGUGGCAGUUCUAGCAAUCUCCCCAUGGCUAUGCGAUAUAGAACUCUUAAGGAAACAUCAAAGGAUUCCGUUGGUGUCUAUCGCUCUCAUAUACACGGACGUGGUCUUUUCUGCACGAGAGAUAUUGAAGCUGGUGAAAUGGUGAUUGAGUAUGCUGGUGAAUUAAUCCGUGCCACAUUGACGGAUAAACGGGAGCAUUACUAUGAGAGUAAAGGAAUCGGCUGCUACAUGUUCCGCAUUGAUGACAAUUUCGUGGUAGAUGCAACAAUGCGUGGCAAUGCUGCACGCUUUAUUAAUCAUUCUUGUGAGCCAAAUUGCUACUCCAAAGUCGUGGAUAUUCUUGGUCAUAAGCACAUUAUCAUCUUUGCCCUGAGGCGAAUUGUUCCAGGCGAGGAAUUAACGUAUGACUACAAAUUUCCAUUUGAAGACGUCAAAAUACCCUGCUCAUGUGGAUCAAAACGUUGCCGGAAAUACUUAAAUUAAUGAGGGGACCCCAAAAGUACGUACAUCCUUAAAAAUCCUUCCAAUCACAAUGAGGGUAGUGUUGUAUAAGAACAAAAUAAUGUGUGUAAAUAUAAAUGAAAAGAAAAUUGUAUCGGUUUGAAGGAUUCUAAAGUAAAAUUAUAAAAUUACAGAAAUGUCCUUCAUCAGCAAUUAGACCGUAUAUGUAUCAUUGUCUUGUAUUGUACAUAAAUAUUGUAGCUAUAUAUACAUUUUACAUGCUAGUGUAAGAGAAAAUCAACUGUGAAGAUUUUUUUUAUUUUAUAGUGCUUAUAAUAAUUUAUUAUUUUAAACAAAAAAUUAUAUUUAAUAUUUUAUAAUAAUUUUAUGGACAUAAGAAGAAAAAAAAACUUUCAUUUUAAAUGGAAACUUUUUUUGGAUAAAAAAUAUUCUUUGAUGUGAAUGGUAAUAUUUCUGUGAAAUUCUCACUGAAUGAGAUUUUAUUUUUAAAUACCUACCUAAUAAUAAUUUUAAUAAGUGACACGCUUGCAUGUUCCCAGUAAUAAGCAUUUUGCACGAGAUUUUAUGCAGCAAAAAGUGUUUAAAUCUACAAUUUUUUUUUUCAUUAAUAAUCUAUUGACAGCAUCACAGAAGAACAACAAGAAAAAAAAUAGUCUUUAUUUUAAAGAAAAGACAAACAUAUAAGAAAAACAAUAGAAUUACCUAUAUUGCAAUUAAAUCUUCUCUAAUAUUUAUAAGGGGAGAGUCUUUUUUUAAGCUCCGAUGAAAGAAUAUGGCAUUCUACAGAACGUUCCUUAAUUUCUCGAAAAUAAAAUCAUCACAUACAAACAACAAAAAGGUGCUUUCUGUUGAGAUAUUAAAGAUAAUUCUGAGUAUAUUGCACCUGAAGCAUAAUUAGUAAGAAAUAACAAAUAAAUAAUUAAGUAUAUAUUUCUCUCAAUAAUGAUCUUCAAUAUAAUGGAAAAAUCAACAUUGAAUGUUUUUUGUCUGAAUCCUCAAUGAUAUUAUUUUUUUCUGCCUUUCUUUGGUGGAAUUCUGAAAGUUUCAGGCUUUCUGUGAAUUUGUACAUAAGACGUUGUUUACUAACUACUUAAAUUAGAGUCCUUCACAUCACAUUUAGGUUGUUCCUUAAUUUUUUUUUAAAAUAAUUUCUCUUUUAAAAGAAUUUUCUUCAAUAAAAAUCUCUGAUGUAUUUUUAUUAUUAGAAAAUAUUUACCUUUUUGCCUACAUACUUUCAGUUCCUCAAUACCUUCUCUACUUAAGGUCCUUAAGGUACUACGACAUAAAUAACAGACAAAAACAAACAACAAAAAAAGCUUAAAAAAAUAGUCCGCUAACGAAAGAGUAUAAAAUAGGUAGUUAAAGAAUAAAAAAAUAAAUCAAGUGUCUCAGUGUCUGAUCAAGAUUCAAAUCAAACUAACAAUUUAACUUUUAGUAUUAUUAAAAUUGAGAAAAUAAAUAGGUACAGUUGGUUAUGAUGAUGCUGCGAGAAGAUGCUGAAUUAACUACCUACUUAUCUAAUUAUGUAGUCUCUUUUAGCAUCAUCACACAUAGCCAUGUUGACAAUAUAAAAAGUAUUGUAAUGAAGAAUCUAUUAAAGAAAAAAUUAAUAUACAUACAUAACUAAUGCACUAAUGAAAAGUGACUCAUUUUAAAUACAACAUCUACACUAUAGCAAAAAAAAAUCGUGUAAUAUAAAAAAAGAAGAAGUUAGAAUUGUAAUGAACAAAGAAAAAAAAUUGUAUGUAUAUUCAAAUAUUUUCAAUCCCUUUUCCCAACGUAAUGAGCGUGUUUAAUUUGUUCUUUUUCACGCUUCAAAUACUUCUGUUGCAGAAUAUUACAUUAUGUACUAUGUAUUGUAGGUAAUAAAUUUGCCCACGACAUUGAAAUUAUAUGAAAAGAAAAAAAAAACAAAUAAUGUAUGGAAGAUUAAGCGAAGUGAUAAAGCAUUGUGAAAGAAAGAAAGAAAAAAAUCUCGAAAGGAAGCCUCACUAACGUUUUACUUAUUAAUUCAACAACAACAAAAAAAAAAAAAGAAAAUUACGUGAGAAAAGAAUUUUGUGUAAAAUGUAUUUUAGAGACCUAUUAACUUCUUGCCAUAUUUUCUAAUAAUUUUACUAUUAUAUUUUAUAUUUUUUAAUACUUUGGCUGUUUGUAUUUUAUUUUAAAACAUUGUGACAUGUGUAUCAAUUAAUUAUUUAGCAGUGUAGAAAUUAACAUUAUUGUGAGAGGUAGCCAGUAGAGAGAGAUAGAGAGAUUAAUUAAAACGAAAAUUGUAAUAAAAUAUUACAGGCAUGUCAAACUUUUAGACAGGUAAAAAUUGAUAAAGAAAAAGGAAUACUGUAAUUAUUAAAUAUAUAAUAAUUAUGUACAAUUUUGUAA